GUGUUUGACGGCAGCUUGAUAGCCCAGCCUAGCUCAAACUUGUCUGAGCUUGGAAGCUAAGCAUGGCUACAUUCCUAAACAAAAUGGUGAGCCAAACUCUCAACACAAAGGACAGAAAGUCAGCACAUACACCCACCGAGGACCAUUUUAGAUACCUGUCAAGCAACCAGGCAAACUCCUACGAAAGCAAAAGCUGCCAGCUGUCGAGCGGGUACCUCAGCAGCCUCCUGAAAGAGAAAGAUAUAGUGGAAGUUAUCAAGCACACGAGAGACACUUACGAGAGCCUCUCUUCAGAGGUCAGCCAGAACGGCCUCGUUGGAGAAACGCAAUGCAAACCGACUGCCACAGCCGAUAACGUCCCUGUUUUUGCCGGGGCUCUGAAGGAUCAUGCUGCUAGUCCUCGACAACAUUCUACUUUCAUAGGAAGACUGGGACAGCCCCCCAGAGGACCAAUCUCUUUACACAUGUACAGCAGGAAAAAUGUUUUCCUUCACCACAAUCUACACACAUCCGAGCUCCAGACUUUAGGCCAACAAGAUGGGUAAAUGGAGGAAGCCUGUUUUUAUGGCAGACCACACUCU